AUGGCUGACCGCAGAAGCGUGCGGUCUGCAAGCCGCCGCAACACGCCUACCCCACAACCGCCCUCCAAGCCUCCCGCCCACCUGGGACGCGCAUCGCGAGCGCGCAGCUUGCGUAGUGCAAGUCGCGAAGUCGACGGCUUUGUCGAGAUCCAGAAGCCCGCCCGCCGAACCACCCGCCAGGCGAGCAUCACCAGUGUAAACUAUGAAAGUGAGCAUGAGACCAAGCAGGCGCGUCGCACAGAGCGCAACCCCGCAAACGACGCGUUGGGAGACCUCACCGUUGUAGAAGAAAUAGACACGCAGAUCGACCUCGACGAUGAACGCCCACGCACGCCCGAGCCCACGCACCCCGAAAUUCCCGUCUCCUUCCGCUCGCCCGGGGCUGUGUCUGAGAUGUCCGGAACCACUGCGAUUUCGUCGUUUAGCAUGGCUGAGGCCGAGUUCCUGGAAUCCAAGUUUAUCGUAAAGCACAUGCGCAAGCUAUGCGACGCGGCCGAGGAGUUCUUGGAGCACAUUGCGCCCAGCAGUGCGACUAUGCGGGACGACUUGAAAAACAUACAGGAGAUGCAGAAGCCGGGCUCCGCCUAUUCCGAGGACUACCUUGAUUACGAGAUUGAGCUGCAUGUGCAUCUGAAGCACUUUAAGAGCGAAGAUCACAACUACAUUCAUGCCCGCGCGCUUCACCGCGCACUCUUUGGCACAAACGAGCAGCCUGUCGCGUCACAAACUGGCCUGGACCUGAUACUGUAUCUGGCCAACUUGCUCGUCUUUGCAAAGCAAAUGAUUUAUUCCGACCGAGACCACAAAACCAUGUGGGAUGUGCUGCGACAGCUGGACAAUACCUUUCCUGCGCAAUUCAUGCGUUCACUUCAACUCGAUGGACAGCCCUCGGUUACAGGCGAAAGCGCCUUGUACCGAGAGACGUUUGAACUUGCACUGGAGCUGCGCACUCAGCUGGCGAUAUUGGUGCUGCAAAAAUCAGUCGACAACCCCGAUUUCAAUCCGGAUGCCAUGGUUAGCGAGAUUUUCUUUCGUUCUGAGCUCUCGCAAGCUGUCGAUGGCUCUCUCAUCCGUGGCUGGAAUAUUGCGGCACUGGGAGGCGACGACUCUCCACUACCCCAGGAACUUCAAAAGAAAGUCGUGGCGCGCCUGAACAAGAUUCGAGAGUUUUUUCCAACGGACAAGGAGUCGCUGGAGCGUGGCGAGCUCAUUGACCUGGAAGGAUUGCGAAGCAGUUUUCCGUGGGAACCAACCAUUCUUCGCCUGCUAGCCUGGGUGCGUCUUCGGCGCAAGGAGUUGCUUUUCCUGAUUGAAGAACGUGGCGGAGCAGCAACCAUUGCGCGCAACAUCAAGCGGUUUUACGAGGAACCAUCGUCUAUGAUUGAACAAGCAGAAGCUUCUAUGAUGCCCCACGAGUCACCACGGAGGAAGCGGACGUCAUUUGGACGAGAUAGGCGACGCAGCAGUCGCAAAUUUGAUCCCAACGCAGCAGUAGAUUUUCGUACCAUUGAUGUGCUCAAGGCAAAGGAACGUGACUCUGUAAAUUUGGAAGUGGAUUCCCAAGAAGAGCAGGAUAGUGAGCCUGUCGAGCAGGCAGCCGAAGAGCAGCCGUCAAAAACCCAAUUGCAAGAUGACGAGCAACCAGCGGUGGAAGCUGAUGAACAGCAAGCAGAAGAGGAGCAAGUUGAGGAACAACAAGUGGCAGUGCAGCCAGCAGAGCAAUCAGGAGAAGAGCAAGGGGACAAAUCACAAGCAAAAGAGCUUGUUGAGGAAGAGGACGAGGCUGAAGCACCCACCGCGUCUGGCAAGCCACAAAGCUCGGCAGAAUUACUCAAAAUGAUGAAAGCAGUGUCGAAGCCGCAAAAAGAAAAUCGACCAGUAUCGAUAUUUGAACGGCAGGCCAAUGCGCAGCGUGUCGAGUUUGGAGAUGGAUUCGACGAGACACAGCCCACGCCUGGGCCGUCAAAUACGGACAAAGGAAAGCAGCCUGCAGCUUCAUCACGUAAACGAUCACGACCCAUGGACGACGAUUCCGACUCUGAUGCAUUCGAAAGUGAAGACCGAGGACACCGUGUCCCAGAACGACGACGCAAGGCCCCCGUGGCAAAGAAAGUGCGUAUCGACUCUUCAUCUAGCGUGCCACCAAGUUACCAGCCUCGACGCCCAACUCAGGAGACCCAACGCCCACCUGAAGCUGAGUCGGAGACUGAACCAGAAGAGUCAGUUUCUGAGACAGAGGCCCCAGACAUGACGGAAGAAAUCCCCUCGUCCAACUACCAAGCACAACGUCAACUUGCACAGGAAAACCAAUCGCUCAACGCAUCUACGCAUCGCAAUGAGCGAAAACCGCGCCGAGGAUGGACGCCCGAGGCAGAAGAUGCAUUGUGCGAAUACAUGCGCAUGUUCCCAGCAAAGUACUCUGCGAUUCUGAAAUACGACGAAAGCAAUGGGAAUUUCCUCCAAGGCCGUACCCAAGUCAAUCUGAAGGACAAGGUGAGGAACAUGGCACUCAACAUGAUCAAGUCUGGAACAGGACUCCGACCAGGCUUUGAGAACAUCGUGCAUCCAAAGGAGAAGCAUGGCAUGGCGUUGGUGGCGAGCGGAUGGCGCAUGCGAGAUGACGGCCAAUGGGUACGUAGGUGAGUAGGGCAUGAGCGAGUGGUUAUGUAUUUGAUGAGCUCUCAUGCGGGGGAUGUUUGUUGUCUUGUUGUUUUUUUUUAUUCUGCUGAUUAUUC